AUGGAGGGUCGGUCCCUGCUACUUUUUUCAGCCAGCACCACAUCAACUACGAGUACAAUAACGACGACAACGCUGUAUGAGAUACAAGUGUUAAGUCCAAGCGACAUCGAAUCUGAUUGUAAACAACCUGUUAUUGCUGGACUCACAAUUACCACUAUUGGUUAUGGUAUUUUACAAACGCUUGCAUUUUACAUUAUAUUCGCAAAGAUGGUUAACAAAUUUUUGGUACCCAAACAACCUGAAAAACCAAGUACAAGUACGAAAAACACACAACAAGCACAACAAAACCCAGUAGAUGGUCGUAUUCCGACUGAAUCAGAUCCGUUGUUUGAACCACCGGCUAUGUCAACAUUUUUCCAAGGGUCACCAUAUUUUAAUCCAAACGCCCUUCCUCCACCAAUUCAAGGACCAGAAAAUUUUAUGCAUGGCAUUUACCCAAACGAGUUCAUAUCUAAUGGUCAGCCUUCGAUGCAAGAUCCUUCGUUCCCACCACUAUCGCCACCAUCAUUUGCAGACGAUGUCUCAUACGAACUUAAAACUGGUACCGAAGCGUGA